AUGGAGCAGCUACCGUCAGUAGAGGAACUUAAGUCUCUAGCUGUCGAGUACUUAUCAAAGGCUGAGACUUCUCUCUGGAAUGUGCUUCCGCCCGUCGUGCAAGCAUCCCCUGUAUUCCUCGAUAUAAGCCGAGCUCUUAAUGUUCGCGUUGAGACGGCUCUGUUGCUGUCCACGAUCGGCGUCCUACUGGCCUCUCUUAUAUUCCUCCUAGCUGUGCGUUUGGCCUUCGCGGGCCCUCGAUUCAACACCAUCGUGCUUCUGGGCCUGUGCGGAGCCGGCAAGACGUCCCUCUGGUACAAGCUGCGGGAUGGGUCAACCCACGGCGGCACAGUGACGUCCAUGGCAGUCAACGAUGACAAGUUCCCCCUGCACGCCGAGCUGAGCAAGAACCCCAGGGCCCGUCCAGUGCAUCUGGUGGACCUGCCUGGCCAUCCCCGCCUGCGCUCCCUGGGGGCUCCGUUCCUCUCCCGCGCCUGUGGGAUCGUGUUCCUGGUGGAUGCCCUUGAUUUCACUCUCAACAUCCGACCUAACGCAGAGUACCUGUAUGAGCUGCUCUCAUCUGCUGCGGUGCAACGGAGGCGGGUACCGCUGCUGCUGGCGUGCAACAAGAUGGAGAAAGUGACGGCACACUCGGUGGAGUUCAUCCGGAAGCAACUUGAGAAGGAAAUCUAUUCUCAUUUCCGCCUCAUUCCACCUCUCCUGCGAUUCUCGCAGCUCACAGCCGCUCGAUUCGCCUCGGAGGGCUUCGCAGUGUUUGGCGUCGACUACGAGGGUCAUGGCAAAUCGGACGGUCUGCGAUGCUCGUUCAGGUCCGUAGAGCAUCUGGUGGACGACUGCUGCGCCUUCUUCGCGUCCGUCAAGGCGAAGGCUGAAUGUUCAGGGCUUCCGUCGUUCGUGUACGGGGAGUCGCUGGGAGGCGCAAUCGCCAUGACCGUGGCACUGCGUGAUCCUGACAGCUGGACUGGUCUGGUCAUGGUGUCUCCCAUGCUGCGCAUCAAGGAGGAGCUGCAGCCUAGCUGGGCUGCACUGCAGGUUCUUCGGGUCCUUGCAACGAUCAUUCCUGACAGUGCCUUUGUGGCCACCAAGGGAGACCUGAUUCGCCUCUCGUGCCGAGAUCCUGCAAAACUUGAAGUUGCUCUCAAGAACCCACGCCGCUACAGUGGUAACCCACGCCUCGGCGUUGCCUUUGAGCUCCUGCAGAUGGUUUCAUCCAUGAAGGAUGUUGCCAAGCUCGACGUCGAGCUGUCCGUUGAGGAGCGCAACCUCCUCUCCGUUGGCUACAAGAACGUCAUUGGUGCUCGCAGGGCUUCAUGGAGAAUCAUGUCUUCUAUCGAGCAGAAGGAGGAGAACAAGGGCAACGAGCAGAAUGUGGCGAGGAUCAAGGAGUACAGGUCGAAGAUUGAGGCGGAGCUCUCCGAUAUAUGCCAAGACAUCCUCAACAUCAUUGACAGCAAUUUGAUCCCCUCAUCUGGCACUGGGGAGUCGAAGGUUUUCUACUACAAAAUGAAGGGUGACUACUACCGCUACCUCGCAGAGUUCAAGACUGGCGCUGACAGGAAGGAGGCCGCUGAGCAGUCGUUGAAGGCGUACCAGUCAGCUUCCGAGGUCGCGACCGUCGAUCUUGCACCAACCCACCCCAUCCGCCUUGGUCUUGCCCUGAACUUCUCUGUGUUCUACUACGAGAUUUUGAACUCACCAGAGAAGGCUUGCCAACUGGCCAAGCAAGCCUUCGACGAGGCUAUUGCCGAGCUUGACACUCUGAGCGAGGAGUCCUACAAGGAUAGCACCCUUAUCAUGCAGCUUCUUCGUGACAAUUUGACACUCUGGACAUCUGAUCUCCAGGACGAAGCCGCCGCCAAGGACGAGUCUGCUGAGGAGAAGAAGGAAGAGAAGCCCGCUGACGAGUGA